AAUUCGGUGCAAAACUUACAUCACGCACUUCAUGCACAUUGCGUUUUUGGAUUCGUGCACGCGUAUCACGACGAUUUGCACGUGUAGGGUUACUGUUAAAUUUGUGACCAAUUUCUUCGCAUUUUUUUGCAUUUGCAAAGAUUUAAAUAAAAUUAAAAUGUUAUCAUCCGUUAACAGAAUAGCAUCGGGCUGCUUACGGAGUGGCUCUUGUCUCCGAUCGUUAACUCAACCAAGGCAAUUUUCCAGUUUCUCCAGAACGGGAGUAUGGAGUAUUGUAAACACAGACAACGCACAGCCGAGGCGGUUCUAUGCCUCGGAGGGAGUCAAAGGCAACGUCAUAGGCAUCGAUCUUGGAACGACAAAUUCCUGCGUGGCCGUCAUGGAAGGCAAAGCGGCCAAGGUUCUUGAAAAUGCCGAGGGCGCCAGAACAACCCCGUCAGUCGUCGCAUUCACCGCGGAAGGCGAGAGACUGGUGGGCAUGCCCGCCAAACGUCAGGCCGUCACAAAUUCCAAGAAUACAUUUUACGCCACGAAACGUCUGAUCGGCAGGAGAUUUGACGAUCCCGAAACACAGAAGGAUAUUAAGACAGUUUCCUUUGACAUUGUGAAGGCCAGUAACGGCGACGCUUGGGUCAAGGCUCACGGCAAAAUGUACUCACCGAGUCAGAUCGGCGCUUUCGUGCUGAUUAAGAUGAAAGAAACGGCAGAGAACUACCUCGGGACGCCGGCGAAAAAUGCAGUCAUCACGGUGCCCGCUUAUUUCAAUGACUCACAAAGACAGGCCACAAAAGAUGCUGGACAGAUUGCCGGACUCAAUGUUCUUAGGGUAAUCAAUGAACCAACUGCUGCUGCACUGGCUUAUGGGAUGGACAAGACUGAAGAUAAAAUCAUUGCUGUCUACGAUCUGGGUGGUGGCACCUUCGACAUUUCAGUCCUGGAAAUCCAGAAGGGCGUGUUUGAAGUCAAGUCCACCAAUGGCGACACAUUCCUGGGGGGCGAAGACUUUGACAACGAACUCCUGAAGUACCUGGUUCAAGAGUUCAAGAAAGAUCAAGGUAUUGAUCUGACAAAGGACAACAUGGCAUUGCAGCGACUCCGAGAGGCAGCCGAGAAAGCCAAGAUUGAACUGUCGUCCUCCCUGCAGACGGAUAUCAACUUGCCCUACCUGACCAUGGAUGCCUCGGGCCCCAAGCACAUGAACAUGAAGCUGACGCGGGCCAAGUUUGAGUCCAUCGUAGAAAGCUUGAUCAAGAGGACCAUCGGUCCCUGCAAGAAGGCCAUCCAAGAUGCCGAGGUGGCUAGCUCAGACAUCAAGGAGGUCCUGCUGGUGGGAGGAAUGACCCGCAUGCCCAAGGUCCAAGACACCGUCAAGGACGUCUUUGGCCGCACGCCCAGCAAGUCGGUCAACCCGGACGAGGCGGUUGCCAUGGGGGCAGCCAUCCAGGGAGGCGUGCUCGCCGGCGACGUGACGGACGUUCUCCUGCUGGACGUCACCCCGCUGUCCCUUGGCAUCGAGACCCUUGGUGGGGUCUUCACCAAACUCAUCAACCGCAAUACCACCAUCCCCACCAAAAAGAGUCAGGUGUUCUCCACAGCAGCUGACGGUCAGACACAGGUCGAGAUUAAGGUGUGCCAGGGAGAACGUGAAAUGGCCGUCGACAACAAAGUUCUGGGACAGUUUCAACUCGUUGGAAUACCCCCUGCACCGCGCGGGGUGCCCCAGAUCGAGGUGACCUUUGACAUCGACGCAAAUGGCAUUGUCAACGUUUCAGCCCGGGACAAGGGAACGGGAAAAGAACAACAAAUUGUCAUCCAGUCAUCUGGUGGUCUUAGCAAAGAUGAAAUUGAGAACAUGGUGCAGAAUGCUGAGAGGUAUGCCGAGGAGGAUCGCAAGAAGAAGGAAACUGUCGAGGCCAUCAAUCAAGCCGAGAAUAUCGUACAUGACACAGAGAGCAAGAUGGAAGAAUUCAAAGACCAGCUGCCAGCAGACGAAUGCGAGAAACUGAAAGCCGAGAUUGCCAAGGUGAGGGAAGUCCUGGCCAAGAAGGACACGGAGACGUCAGAGAGUAUUCGGCAGGCAGCCUCCGCCUUGCAGCAGUCCUCGCUCAAGCUCUUUGAGAUGGCUUACAAGAAGAUGGCAUCUGAAAGAGAUCAGAGCGGUGGCAGUGGUAGCAGCAGCGAUGGCAGCAGCGAUAGCAGCAGCGGCACCGACGAGACGGCCGAAGAGAAGAAAGAGAACUAGAAUGGUUGUCCAGGUCGUCAGCUGAACUUAUCCCUACAUUAAUUUAUCGUCUCAUUGGAGCCAAGGGGAAAAUCCAUAAAAAUAAUGCUGACUUUCAGUCCUGUCAAGUUCAAACAGAAUGCAUCCACAUGUGUAGAAUAGAUUAAGGCCUACUCUGCAGAUCAAAGUCGACAUUAGUUGCUGAGAUGUUAGCCCUCUGUUCAGAUUUGCAACACCAUGUUUUGUUAUGAAAUGCAUCAGAACAGCACAUGUCGAGUCGGAGAACUGAGACGUGGUCAGGGUUUUGUGAAUUUGAGAUGGACUUCUGUACUCGAUGUCUAGUACUUGAAGAGCAGAACAUUUAAAAGCACUUACAGUUUAGUACCCAAGUACCUGGGCCCCUAUUCAGUCAACGACCAUUUUGUCAAACACUGCUAGACUUUGCCUGGUAGCCUGUGCAUGAAAUAUACCAUGGAUACCAAGCUGAAUUAACCAGUGCUUGACAAAUGGUUGCUGAUGGAACUUGAUUGUUGUUGGAGUACUGUGUUCAUGGAGGUACAAAUCACAUUGGUGUGUGUGUGGGGGUCGAAUAAUUGAGAGCUUUAAGUCUCUGCAAUUUACAUGAAGAUUUUUAUAUGCCAACUAUUAAAGCCGCGAUGAAGGUUGCUGUGCAGUGCUUACAAGCAUCCAGCUUGAACUUGUACUGCUAAAAAAAUGUCA